AAUAUAUACAGGAUUUCCACCAAAUAAAAGGAGUUUGGCUAAGAAAGUUAAAAAAGCCAUUUCAUGUAUCUGCAGAAGUAUUAGACACCAUGAGUGCGUCUCUUCGAGUGUUUGCUGUGGGAAGCGAAAUAGCUAUGAGCGGACAAUGCGGUAAACAAUUCAAUGAGCUUAGGUUUCUGCAAGCAUGUACGGUAUCAAAUUUGGCUAUUGAUAUAUUGAAGCUGAGAAACCUAAGGUUCAUGGAUUAUUAUUUGAAAAAGAACGAAAUUUGGAGUCUACCUGGGAAUUUCUCAGGAUUGCAAGUGCUAAAACUGAAAAGUUGGGGACCUGUUGGGCGCAUUAUACAUCUAGAUGUAGACUUCGGGCUUCUUACUAAAUUAAAACAUUUGGAGUUGGAAGGAUUUCAUAUCACAGAAGUCUCGAGUUUUGUGAAGGUGUAUAGUUUGCAAAAGCUAAAAUUGUUCCGAAUUCAAGGUCUGAAGGAGUUACCAGGCUCAAUAGGGAAGCUUCGAGCACUGCGUAAGUUGUAUUUAGUCAAAUGUUAUGACCUAACGCGGUUAGCAGAAGGAUUUGGCCAGCUAUGCUCUCUUACAGAGCUUGAUCUACAAUUUUGUCAGAGUUUGCAAGAGCUCUCAUGCGAUUUCCAGAGGCUAUUGUCAAUAAAGUCGCUGAACUUAAUCCAUUGCUCCAGUCUCCUUCGGCUACCAGAAGGAAUUGAAAGCCUAUCAUCUUUACAAUUAAUAGAUGUUAGUGGCUGUAGUAAGUUAACUAAUCUCCAGCACAGGGUUUGUCAGAUGUCAUUCCGGAAGGGUGGAAUAUCAUUUUCGGGGUGUUCAAGCUUGAAAGAAUUACCAGAAGAAAUCUGCAAAUUCACAAUGCUGACAAGCUUAUCGUUGUCUGGCUGUGAGAGCUUAAAGGUGCUUCCUAUCGGCUUCGGUCAACUCGGUUGCCUAAAAGAAUUAGGCUUAGAAAAAUGUGAAGGCUUACAAGAAUUGUGCGAGGACUUUCAUUGCUUGGGAGGGCUAAGAAGGUUAAAGAUGUCUGGAUGCAAGAGCUUGUCAAGGCUGCCUCAAGAUUUUGGGAAACUUAGCUCUUUGGAAAGGUUAGUAUUAUCAGAGUGUGAUAAGUUAGAGGAACUGUGCAGUGACAUUUGGUGCCUUGGAGCAUUAAAAUUUUUGGAAUUGUCCAGAUGCAAGAGCCUGUCCAAACUUCCUGAUUGUUUCGGCCAACUUGGAUGUUUGAAAAUGCUAGAUUUAUCAAUGUGCUUUAAACUGGAGGAGCUUUCCAGUGAUUUUCAUUGCUUGACAUCCUUAACAAACCUAGACUUAUCAAAGUGUCAGAGCCUAGCAGGAAAAUGGAUAGACGUGGUUGGGUCUAUUCAGAGCUUGUGGCGCCUUAAUAUUUUAGGAUGUGAAGAGAUGAAUGGGCGGUGGAAAGAAAUGAAAAAGGAAGAAGAAAAUUGGCACUUCGUUGUGCUAACAGACUCGUCCUCGCAGGAAACGGGACAGGGACAAAAUGCUAUUUUGUUGAAGGGAACGCUAGCAAAGAUAUUUGAAGAGGAAGGUCUAUUGGUUGACAUUAAUGGACACCCCUUCUAUUCAUCCACUCUUCCUCCAGGCUCAGCUCUCAUCUUCAUUAUUCAUGGCUAUAGUCCAAAAGAUGAUAAAUUAUUAGAAAAAAGUAUGAAACAACUAGAAUUGAACACAAUAGGGUGCUCAAUCAUAUAUGCUGGUGGAUAUUUCAAUGCAUUAGCACCUGAAUUGAAAGAGAGAAUCCUGGCUUAUACAGCUUCAAGCUCUAAAACUUAUUCAUUUUUUGAUAAAUUGUAUGCUACUUUCCCCGAGAUCUAUAGAAGUUCUAUCUCAGUUUUCAGGAGCAGAGAUAGUUUAGAAGUUAAAGGUAUAAAAUGUCCGUCCGCAUGGGAGGAUGUCUCGUAUAUAUUAAAUGAACAUGCUACUCUCUUAAGAGCUCCGAGAGAAAGCAAUGUUGAAAUCCUGAGAGCAAUACUCCAAACAGAUUUCCUCUUCAAGAAAAGUCAGCAGGUGAAGCUCAUUGAUUUACAAGGAAAAGUGAUACUAGUUUUGGAUACAAGCCCAAGUAUGCACGAGAUCCCAACCUAUUCAGCUUUCAACGAAAUAUAUAUGAAGAUGCAAGAUAGCCAUCAAGAUCUCGUCGAAGUGGUUUGGGUUGGACUAUGUCAGAACAAGUUCGAGACAGCUGUUGCAGAUGCUCCAUGGCCUGUCGUCCCUGUUCCAUGGCUGCUUCAGAACUGGAAGUCAUUUCACAAUUUCUUUUCUUCAAUAGGAAUAAAGUACAAGUACGCAUUGCCGCCGACGUGGUCGUCUCCAGAAGAGGUGGAGAUAAAUGAGAAUGGAAGAAUAACGUGGUGGUGGUCGCCUCCGAGAGCGGUGGUGGUGGAUGGCUUAGGAAGAAUCUCCAACAAGAAUGCAUGGGAGAUGAUAGAAAGGUGGGGGGUGGAGGCAUUUCCAUUUUCCGUGGACCGCGAAGAGGAGCUCAGGAAAUCAGAAUGGGAGAAGAUGUUCAACUACAAUCAAUUUGUUUUUCAAAAUAUGUCCUACACUCAAACAAAGGUGAAGCACGGGCCGCCCUAUGGAGAACUGAUGUUGUUAUUUGUUGGUGAAGAAGACAAGAUGUUGAAGUUCACUGCAGACUUAGCUUAUGCUCUCACCAAGUUGAAAAGUCUGUUUUCGCUCUGUUAUAUUCGGCAUAAAAGAUCCUUCUUCAAAGAUGAUUACGAAUUGCAGAUAGAGAAGAUGAACAGCAUUCCGAGCAUCUCUCUCAGUGAAGCAUACAGAUUUUGGGAACGUAUGGAGUAUUUGUACUCUGAUUUAACGAGAAUGGGAAGUGAUGAUAAGAUAGUACAGGUGAGGAGAAUGGUGUGUGGUAUUAUUAGUGCUGAAAGUAGGAGUUUUCUAGAAGGAAAUAUUCGAGUAAUAGUGGUAGAUGAGAAGGGGGAGGUGGUAAGUGGGAGCGCAAAGGAGGUGGUAAAGACGCUAUUGCAUUGAAGCGAGAAUAAGUCAAAGUCGCCGACUGAGUUUAUCCAAGUUUUGCAGGGGCAAAGGGAAGACGGGAUGAUCCAUACCAAACAUCAUCCCCAACAUCUUAUGCUUCUAAUAGAUUUCCUUUAUGGCUUUCGCAGCUGCACUGUAUGCUGCGGUAACAAAAUCUUUUCUACGGAGUAUUAUCAUUAUCAAUGUAAUACAUGUGCAAAUCAUGUCAUGUGCGAUAAAUGUAUUUCAGAUUAGGAAGGAAAAAGUGUAAGAACUUAUUGCUCUUAGAAAAACUAAUU